GGAGUCCCCGAGGUAGCCUCACCCUACUUUGUCUUUCAGGCCUCUGGUCUCCUGCCUGAGUUCCAGCCUCUCUGAGCCAGCUGCCCCCAAGAGCUUCGUGCGGCGCCAGCCUCCCCAAGCGCUGACCAUGUCUAUUAUGGACCACAGCCCCACCACGGGCGUGGUCACGGUCAUUGUCAUCCUCAUCGCCAUCGCUGCCCUGGGGGCCUUGAUCCUGGGCUGCUGGUGCUACCUGCGGCUGCAGCGCAUCAGCCAGUCGGAGGACGAGGAGAGCAUCGUGGGGGAUGGGGAGACCAAGGAGCCAUUCCUGCUGGUGCAGUACUCGGCCAAGGGACCGUGCGUGGAGAGGAAGGCCAAGCUGACCCCCAACGGUCCAGAAGUCCACGGCUGAGCUGGGAUGCGGAGGCUCCCGGGCCCGUCUGCAGCCAGCCGAGAGGCGCAGGAGGGGCGGAACCACAGACAUGCUGCCAUUUGAGAGGAAGGGUUGACACUGCUGGCAUGGCCUCGCCAGGCUUCGUCAUCGCAUGCACUGACUCCCGGGGCCCCAGCUGUCCUGAGCCGGGCCUCGGUGGCCCUGGGCUCCCCUCGGCCUCCUGGUGGGGCUGCCCAUUGCAGGCAGUGGGCAGGCCCGACCUUGCUGGGGCUGACGGCCCCGUAGCGCUUUUGUUACUUGAAUGUUUAGCUGAGCCUGUUUUUGAUGGAGCUACUACUGUAACGCGUGAACUCACAAACCUGUGAACUGUCAAUAGGCCCCAGAAGCACG